UCAAAUCCUAUUGUGGACUCUCCUUCACGGACACUUCAAGUGUUAUCAACCUCAUUCUAAUUUCGGGGGCAUUAGUUCAGUUAUCUCUUGCAUUAGUUCAAGUAUUAGUUCAAGCAUUAGUUCAAGAAUCUCUUGUUAUUCCAGAGAAAAAAGGCACUUCUCUCAGUUCCUAAUUAAAAGUGGCCCACGAAUUUUGUGAUGUUCAAUCGACUUUCAGUGAUUUUAUUGCCCCUUUUAUGGAUUUCGUUUUUAAAUGCUGAACCAUUAGUGACAAUUUCGCAAGGAAAAUUGAAUGGAAUCUUCCAGAAUUCUAGAAAUGGGAAAAAAUAUUCAGUAUUCCUGGGAAUUCCCUAUAGUAAACCACCAACUGGAAAUUUGAGAUUUAAAAAUCCCGUACCAGCAGACAACUGGAAUGGAAUACGCGAAGCAACUGUAUUUGGGAACGUAUGUCCUCAGUUACAAAAUGGAAAAGUAAUUGGAAAUGAAGAUUGUCUAUUUCUCAACGUGUACUCACCACUGUUGGAAUUUAAUUCUUUAUUGACGAAAAAAACUAAAUCAAAUUUUUUAUUACCAGUCAUGGUAUGGAUUCAUGGAGGUAGUUUCAUGGAUGGCAGUAGUAAUAUUUAUCCUGGAAACUACCUUUUGGAUAAGGAUAUCAUUCUUGUAACUAUAAAUUAUCGACUCCGUAUCCUUGGCUUUUUGAGCACUGGUGAUUCAGCAGCACCAGGAAACUUUGGAAUAAAAGACCAGGUUCAGGCAUUGAAAUGGGUCCAAUACAAUAUUCGAGCUUUUGGGGGAGAUCCGAAACGAGUGACAUUGUUUGGAGAAAGUGCCGGAGGCGCCAGUGUAGCUUUACAUGCACUUUCGAAAGCAAGUAAUGGUUUAUUCCACCAAUAUAUAAUUCAAAGUGGCAGUCCGUUAUGCCUCUGGGCGUACACAAAAAGGAGCAGAAUGAUUGAAUACUCCAGAAAAAUUUCGUCACUUGUUUCUUGUCCUCUGGACACUACCGACAAUUUCGUUAAUUGUCUUCGAAAAAUGAGCGUAGAGAGUUUACUUAGAACGAAUAGUAUAUUCGGAAAAUUAGCAGAAUUUGUACAAAUCUGGUGGACCCCUACAGAUGAACCUAAAGCUGUCGGUUCAUUUUUAACUGAUAGUCCAAAAAACUUGUUAAAUCAAAAUCAAAUGAAGGAUUUACCUCAUAUUACUGGAGAAGUAACAGACGAAGGCCUAGUAAAUACAGCUAUCUUAUAUGCUGAUACAUCAUUGUUUUCUUUCGUCCAAUCGAACCUGGAUCAAAUAAUUCCUUAUAUGGCUGGGGAAGUUUUCAAUGCCAACAAUGAAAAAGGAUUCACAAAAGCUGUCAAAGAAUUCUAUUUUAAUAAUUUGAUUGAUUUUUCUAACAAGGAUAAGUUUAUUCGAAGUCUCACAAAUUAUAUCAGCGAUGCUACCUUCUUAUAUCCAGAAAUAAGAAUGCUGGAGAAAACUGCAUCAAAAUGGAAAAGUGCAAUUUACUUUUAUAGCUUUGGUUAUCGAGGAGCAAUCUCUAUUUGGUCCUCAAUAGACAAAAAUCGAAAUCUGGGAGUUUCUCACGGUGAUGAAGUAUUAUAUCUUUUCCCAUUUCCACCCUCUGCCUUGGGAGUACCAAACCUUACUUUUUUAAAACAAGAUAUCUUUGUCAGUGAACUAAUGGUGGACCUCUGGACAUCCUUUGCUACAACCAGUGUACCAACAUCAAGACAGUUGACGACUGUUAACUGUUGGGUGCCAUAUAAUUUUAAGGCACAAGAUCCAAUUUUUCUUCAGAUUGGAAAUAUCCUCAAUAAUGCAGAUCCAACAGUGUCUCAGUCGCAUAAUUAUUACGCAAGCCGGAUGAACUUCUGGAGAAAAUGGCUUCCGAGUAAAUUAAUGAGUGAAAAUGAUGGAAACAAGUCGCUGAGCGAGUGGAAAAAACAAAAUAUUCAAGUUUCAUUUAAAUUACGAAUGGGGUUGAAUGUCGAUUUUCCAAGGCAGGGGCAUGGAACCUCAAAUAAUGGAAAUACGGCCAGACGGUUCUUCGCAAAUCCUAAACUUUCUGCUGAAACUACAGAUAAUAAUGAGGAAGUGAUAUCUCGAUUUGCUGUCAUUUUAAUCGCUUUAUCUAGCAGUUAUCUACUAAAUGAGGAUAACUUAAAGGCGUACUGCAUUGCAACUGCGAAACUAUAUGCAGAAUUAUAUUGGUGGUAUCCGAUGCCACCAACUGUGCACAAAACCCCAAUACAUGGAUCAUCAGUUUCGAAACAUUCAAUGAUUCACAUUAUUCAGUCAUCUGAAAAAGCUUUAAAAGCACGAAACAAAGACGUCCGUAAAUACAGAGAGCGCCAUGCGAAGAAAUUUUCGAGAGUCAAAACAUACGAAGAUGUAUUUCAGAGGUUGCUCCUUAAUUCUUGUCCGGCGAUUGUUAUUAGCAGUCUACCAAGCAGGCGGCGGUCACUCAAUGCUUUAGAUUUGUCGCCACAGAGUCGACUUGCAAUUGCAACUUCGUCGAAGUUUAAAAGUCGUUCGACGUUCAACUGCCCUCUGUUUGGUGGUCCAAAAGAACUGUCUUCUUUCAAACUUCCCACGAAUGAAGAUGUUAUCAAAGGCUGCGCUUUCGAAAGGCAACGUUUAGCUCCCGAAGAGGGGAAGAAAGAAGCCUUGUUUUCUGACAUUGCUGAGAACAUAGCCAAGGAGAUUAUUUCCGUAUACGAAAAAGCAUCAAUACCACAUGUUAUGCAUAAAAGAGUUAGAACAGUCCGAGAAAUGGUCAUCGGUACUCUUGACAAAGAAACAACCGCUGUUCUUCAAAAGAGGGAGGCUAGAAAAACACAGGAAGCUGCCCGACUACUAAAGUUGCCAGAUGGUACUUCCAGAGGCAGGGAAGUAUAUUUGCCAGCCGAUGAGAAUAGCAAUCAUGGAAUGGCUGAUUUUGAUCGCGAGACUACUGGCCAUUCAAGUUAUAAAGGGCCCAUCAGCCAGCAAUUAUCAAAGUGCACUUCUUUGCUCGUAGUUGAAUUCCAAACAAUUUUCUCAAACGUUCAAAACUUAUAUUUAACUGAUCUUAGUACCAAUCAACAAUACCUCUUCGAAAUGAUCCGUGCCUUCGAAAUUGGAGUUUGCCCCGAGGACCUGGCCAAACGCGAUCCAGGCCUCAUUUCUCAUUCGCGAUGGCUGGCUACAGCGAACAGAAUUCUUCGAAUGUACGUAGAAACAUCAAAUCCAUCCCCAGAGGUGCUAUCACUUGUGAAUUAUGUCAUGAAAGUAUAUGGCCCUGUUUGGCUUCUAAUCAAAAGCGACCCAUCUUACACGAAAAAAAACUUGCUGCUUGCGAUAAUCUCUGACGAGAGGCCCCAUGUCAGAGAACUUGCAGAACGUCGCAUUUUAAAAUACAGAAUGUCUGAAAUACAAGAUGGGAACAUUAGGUCUAGAUCUUUACGAGUUCCUAAGAUUGAAUUUGACGCACCUGAUUACAUUGAUCUGAUAUCUUGGACUGGGACCUGCAUCACUGAGCCGCCUCUGUUGGCAGACAUGCCGAUAGAUUAUUUAAUAGGCAUAGUGACAACCGGCUCAGUCGCUAGAUAUCUGUAUCCCCUGCUUCUGUGCCACAUGCAAGCUGUGGAAAGUACAGGAGAUGCAUCUGCCCCAGGAAAUUUCGGUUUAAAGGAUCAAGUUCUUACACUCAAGUGGGUUCAGAAAAAUAUUAAGGCUUUUGGAGGUAAUCCGAAUAAAGUCACUUUGCUGGGACAGAGUGCCGGUGGAAUGAGUACUGGACUCCAUGCACUUUCCAAAGCAAGUAAUGGUCUCUUUCAUCAAUAUAUCAUACAAAGUGGCAGUCCUUUAAACGAUUGGUCAUUCAAAAAGAGGAGCAAAAUUAUUCAACAUGCAAAGAAACUUGCGCCACUUGUUUCAUGUCCUUUCAAUACCUCUGAACGCUUUAUUGCUUGCCUUAGAACCAAAAGUGUACAUAGCCUUAUGAAUACGAGAAGAAUUUUUGGUCAAUUUGGAGCAUUUACAAAUAUAUUAUGGACGCCGACAGACGAACCUGAUGUUAAAGGAGCUUUUCUAACUGAUAGUCCGAGAAACCUGAUUAAUCACAAUCAAAUGAAAGAUUUGCCUUUUAUGAGUGGCUCGGGAACUUUGUUCAAAAAGGGAAUCGAAGAUCUUUAUAAAUUUAUUGAUUUUCUUUUGAGAAAUAAGGCGGAUGUAAUGGUGGAUAUGAAGAAUUUACGGACUUUAUUUCUCGUCAUUCUGUGCAUCUGCUGCAUAUGGGCAGAUCCUUUGGUAAACGUUUCCGAGGGAAUUUUGAGGGGAACUACACAACUAACAAGAAAAGGAAGAAAUAUCAGCGCAUUUCUUGCAAUUCCUUAUGCCCAACCUCCUAUUGGAAAACUAAGAUUUAACAAACCUUUACCAGCAACACCUUGGGAGGGUAUUCGAAAUGCGACAGAAGAUCCGAGUCCAUGUCCACAAGUUGCAAAAAAUUCAGUCGGAUAUAUUGGCAGUGAAGAUUGUUUAUAUUUGAAUGUUUAUACUCCACUGUUGCAAUUUAAUUUGACCAAGGUAAAUUAUACACCAAACAAGACAUUACUGCCUGUGAUUGCAUGGAUUCACGGAGGAGCAUUUGUAAGCGGAAGUUGCAGUUCUAUAACAUUUGGUCCUGCAUAUAUUUUGGACCAAAACGUUGUCUUUAUCGCUAUGAAUUACAGAUUAGGUAUUCUGGGUUUCCUAAGCUCAUCAGACUCAGUGGCGCCGGGAAAUUUUGGCUUAAAAGAUCAAGUUAUUGCGCUUAAAUGGAUUCGAAAAAAUGUUCGUGCAUUUGGCGGAGAUCCUGAACGAGUAACAAUUUGGGGUGAAAGUGCAGGGGGAGUUUGUGUACACCUGCAUUCAUUAUCUGAUGCCUCAAAUGGCCUCUUUCACCAAUAUAUUAUUCAGAGUGGUAAUGCAUUUUCCUCGUGGGCAUUUCAACCCAGAAAAUAUUUUAAACCAUAUAUUAAAACACUGGCUCUUAUAAUGCUAUGUCCAAGUGCGUCAACAAUCAAAAUAAUAAAUUGUCUAAGGCUCCAAAAUGUCGGUAGUUUACUGCACAAGAGUUACAUUUUUGGAAGUUUUGCACGAUUUUCUCAAAUGACAUGGGUACCAACUGACGAGCCAGAAGCAGAAGGUGCAUUUCUGACAGACAGCCCACAGAAUUUGGUAGCCAAAGGCAAAAUGAAAGAUUAUCCAUUUAUAACUGGGACGGUCAGUGACGAAGGGCUGGCAACGACAACGCCCCUCUACACAAAUAUGUAUCUGUACUGCUACAUCAGGAUCACCAUUUAUCAUUUUUUUAUACUUGUUACGGACUAUUACCUUAUGAGUAAAGACGUUCCAAAAUUUACAAAACUCGUAAAACAGUAUUACUUGAAUGAUUCAUAUUGGAGUUAUAAAGAAGAAUUUAUCACAAGCAUGACCAAAUUCAUGACUGAUGCAUUUUUCCUCUAUCCACAAGUAAAAUUACUUGAAAGAUCAGCAAAAACGAUGCAAAAUCCAUUUUACUCAUACUCGUUCGGAUACCGUGGCACUUUCAGUAAAUCUUCUAUUAUUCUUGGAAAUAACAGAAAUAUUGGAGUUUCUCAUGCAGAUGAACUGAUUUAUUUUUUUCCGAUAAAUUCAACAAAUUUUGGAUUACCUAAUCUAUGUUUAAGCCAAGCAGAUGAAUCAAUGAUAGAUUUAAUGGUCGAUUUGUGGACAUCAUUUGCAAUCAAUGGGAAACCAAGCUCUGAACAAUUAAAACCACGUGAUCUAUGGAAGCCUUAUACAGAAAACAUGAGUUUCCUACAAAUUGGAAAUAAUAACGAGCCUUCUGUAUCUCUUGAAACAAUGUAUUAUGCCGAUCGUAUGAAUUUCUGGAAGCAAAACUUACCAUCGUUUGACUAAUAUAAAUUUAAUUUUCUCUAAAGCUAUAGGCUAUAUUAAAUAUAUGUAUGAUGUUCUGGAUUUGGAAAAUCUAUAUUUCAUAAUUUUUUACAACAGUUUCAAAACUUUAUAGAAUAAAAAUUCAAUAAACAUUAUCAGGCAUCUUAGAAAUAUUCAAAACUUUAAAGUUAGCCCAGAGAAAGGUAAAUAAUAAUUAAUGUCACACCCACAAUCAGAUAACUUAUCAAGAUUCGUCACAUUACCUCAAAAUAAAGGC